AGAUCACGGUGCCCAAAGUAUACAUACUUUCCACAACCUACUACUCAUGUCUUAUUCAAAUAAGCCUUCAUUCUAUUGGAACCGAAAUACUCAAUUUAUUGGAUAUGAAAGUAAGCUAUCGCGCCCCCCUUCUAGAUCCCUGUACAACCGCACAAGGAGUGAUAACCAAAAGGAAGAAAUAUACGGAGAAAUUAUAUCACGCGCCCCUUCUAGAUCCUUUGACAACCGUACAAGGAGUGAUAGACACAAUGAAAAGUCAGAUGGAGCAAUUCCACUUUCUUUAGCAUCGCGGGUGCCUUCAAAAUCCUUGGUCAUAUCGACAACAACAAGACUGGUGACUCAAGACGACAGUGAGAAUGAGGAGGCGACUGUAGAUGACCACUAUUCACGAUAUAUGAUGGUGGCUAAGGAAAGAGAUAUCUAUGGCGUUUUAAGGAAAAUCAACAACGAGAUAGUGGUCAUUCAUGAGGAUGGAAGAGUAAGAAUGUGCCCUCGCUGGACUCAUACAUGA